CGUCGCCAAACAGGCUUCGCUGAUUUAAAAUCUUCGUCCUUUUCUUUUCCUCCUCUGAAUAAAAAUAUUUUGACAAAUCUCGUCUUCCUCUCAACACCAGGGAUUGGGAGUGGGUGUCUCCUUUUCUUUUCCAUUCAUCUUACAAAUACUUGCUAAAAAAAAAAACGGAAAUGAAUAAUAAUCGUGAACUUGAAGGAGCAGCGAAAUUGGAGAAGCAGCCGAAGACGAAGAUCGUAUGCACCCUGGGGCCUGCGUCGCGGUCAGUAGCUAUGGUCGAGAAGCUGUUGAAGGCCGGCAUGAACGUUGCUCGUUUCAACUUCUCUCAUGGAUCUCACGCCUACCAUCAGGAAACCCUUGACAAUCUCAGAGCCGCCAUGCUCAACACCGGUAUUCUCUGUGCUGUCAUGCUCGAUACCAAGGGUCCUGAGAUUCGAACUGGUUUUCUCAAGGAUGGAAAAAUUCAGCUGAAACAGGGUCAAGAAAUCACCAUAACAACUGACUAUAGCAUAAAAGGUGAUGAGAAACUGAUAAGUAUGAGUUACAAAAAGUUGGCUGAGGAUGUUAAACCAGGGAUGGUCAUACUUUGUGCAGAUGGGACAAUCUCGUUUACAGUUUUAUCUUGUGACAAAGAAAAGGGUUUAGUUCAAUGUCGCUGUGAGAACUCUGCAGUUCUUGGUGAGAGGAAGAAUGUUAAUCUUCCAGGGGUCAUUGUUGACCUCCCAACCUUGACUGACAAAGACAACGAAGAUAUCUUGGAAUGGGGAAUACCCAACCAAAUUGACAUGAUUGCUCUUUCUUUUGUCCGAAAAGGCUUGGAUUUGGUGGGGGUUCGUAAGCUUCUGGGAAAGCAUGCUAAGAAUAUUCUUAUCAUGUCAAAGGUUGAAAAUCAAGAAGGGGUGGCAAAUUUUGAUGACAUCCUUGCAAAUUCAGAUGCAUUUAUGGUGGCACGAGGUGACCUUGGAAUGGAGAUUCCAAUUGAAAAGAUAUUUUUAGCACAGAAAGUGAUGGUUUACAAGUGUAACAUCCAAGGAAAACCUGUUGUCACUGCAACGCAGAUGUUGGAAUCCAUGAUAAAGUCUCCCCGACCAACAAGGGCUGAAGCCACUGAUGUUGCCAAUGCAGUUCUUGAUGGCACAGACUGUGUGAUGUUAAGUGGUGAAACUGCUGCUGGAGCUUACCCAGCACUUGCAGUCCGGACCAUGGCCAAAAUAUGUGUUGAAGCAGAAAGCACACUUGAUUACGGAGAUGUCUUCAAAAGGACUAUUGAACACUCACCUGUGCCAAUGAGUCCAUUAGAAAGCCUGGCUUCUUCAGCUGUUAAAACUGCAAAUUCAGCAAAAGCAGCUCUUAUAUUGGUCUUAACCAGGGGAGGAAGUACUGCAAAGCUGGUGGCCAAGUACAGGCCUGGCAUGCCCAUUUUGUCUGUGGUUGUCCCUGAGAUCAAGACUGAUUAUUUCGAUUGGUCAUGCAGUGAUGAAACUCCAGCAAGGCACAGUUUAAUCUUUCGUGGUUUGGUCCCGGUUUUAUAUGCUGGAUCUGCCAGAGCUUCUCAUGAAGAGACAACAGAGGAAGCAUUGGAGUUUGCCAUUCAGCAUGCCAAGGAAAAGGGGCUCUGCCAGAAUGGGGAUUCUGUUGUUGCUUUGCAUCGAAUUGGAACUGCAUCCGUGAUCAAGAUCUUGACUGUGAAGUGAUUUCAUUUUGAUUCCCUGACUGAUUUAUUAUAUGCACACUGCCUUUGGUAAGCUUGAACGUGUCUAGAGUGUUAGUAGCGUCUAGCAUCUCCAUUUUGUUUCAUAUGAAAUCAAUUGUAUUUAAUGUACCUCUGUUCGCACAUCAUGUUUGAUGCAUGCAAUUACUAUUUUGAUGGGAGUGGGCUGCUUUUCUGGGGUUUAGCUUUUGAACUUUUUGGUUGGUGUUGCAAAGGCUCGUAGCAUUAAAAAAGAGAUAGGAAUAAGAAAUGGUAAGAGUUGAACGUUAGUAGAUUAUUGGUUGAUCAGAUCAGCAUAGCCUAGCAUUCACUCCAUGACCCCAUGAAUGAUAAACGUCAAGGAGAAAUUGUCUAAGAUCCAUCAAGAAAAUGCAUGGCAGUUUUCUGGAAAGUUGUAGAAAUAUAUGUCAAGCGGUAUAACGUCAUGUUUCAUCAUCCAAAUAUUAAUUAAAAUUAUCAAACUUACAUG